AAAAAUAUUUUAAGAAGAUCAAUUGUAGAAAUGGGCUGGGUCUAGCCAUAAUUAGUACUUUGUCGCUGUGUUAACUAGUGACGACCGGUGGUGUCCUCAUGCUAGCGAUUGUUUUGAACUUACAGAAGCAACUGCAAAUCGGAGUUGCCUAGGUGUGACCACUUGGUAAGCUGUGUUGCAGAGACCACCAGUUCUACAGUCAUGCUGAACACACCGUUGGAUAGACUGACGAUGGACUGACCGGUCCUCUCCACCAGUCCCCUCCCCCUCCUCUCUGUAUUUGUGCCUGCUGGAUCCUGGUCAGUGGAUCCUCGGGCGCUGUGCUUCAUGGCGUCCAACGGUUGGGCUGGGAGACAUUCCCUGUGGCGGUUCCUUUCGCCGUUUCGAAGCAGGCAGGAGCGUGUGGUGCUGGCACGCAGCGAGAGCAUGCCGGGAGAACACGUGCUGAAGAUCACCAUCACAGAGACCACGAUAAUAGAGGCAGAUUCAGGGGUGUGGAACUCCAAGUCGCUGGUCUACCUGGGCCUGUGGUAUUUCUUCAGCUUCUGCACACUUUUCCUCAACAAGUACAUCCUAUCUCUGCUAGAGGGGGAGCCAAGCAUGCUGGGCGCUGUUCAAAUGGUCUCCACCACCAUCAUAGGCUUUCUGAAGAUGUAUGUGCCUUGCUGCCUAUACCAGCACAAGUCCAGGACUGAGUACCCCCCCAACUUCCUCAUGAUCAUGCUGUUUGUGGGGCUCAUGAGGUUCACCAGUGUGGUGCUGGGUCUGGUGAGCCUGAAGAAUGUGGCCGUUUCCUUUGCCGAGACGGUGAAGAGCUCUGCGCCCAUCUUCACUGUCAUCAUGUCAAGGCUGAUCUUGGGGGAAUACACAGGUAUGUGGGUGAACCUGUCCCUCUUUCCUGUCAUGGCUGGUCUGGCCCUCUGCACUGCAACAGAGAUCAGUUUCAACAUGCUGGGCUUCUCCGCAGCCCUCUCCACCAACAUCAUGGACUGUUUACAGAAUGUUUUUUCAAAGAAGCUACUAAGUGGAGACACCUACAAAUUCAGCCCUCCAGAUCUGCAGUUCUACACCAGUGCAGCUGCAGUCAUUAUGCUCAUUCCUGCCUGGGUCUUCCUCAUGGACAUUUCAGUGAUUGGGAAGAGUGGGCGUUCGUUCAGCUGGAGUCCAGACAUCGUUCUGCUGCUGCUGUUUGAUGGGGCCCUGUUCCACCUGCAGAGUGUCACCGCCUACGCCCUCAUGGGACGCAUCUCUCCCGUCACCUUUAGUGUAGCCAGCACAGUGAAGCACGCCCUGUCUGUCUGGCUGAGCAUCAUCUUGUUCAGUAACCACAUCACGGUGCUCAGCGCUGCCGGCACGGCCCUGGUGUUUGUAGGCGUGCUGCUGUACAACAAGGCCAAGCAGUUUCAGAGACACACCUUAAAGGCCCUGGCCCACGCCCAGGCUCAGGGCCACAACUACAAACCACUACUGCAGGAUCACAAGCUCAAAGCAUCGGACCGAUAGACUCCCCAGGAGACCAAGGGGGGAGAGACCAGAGGUCUCUUCUCUCUAACUUUGAUCAUGUAGAACCUGAUACGCAGAUGAUUUGACUAGACCAUGUUUUGACUCGCGCCAGCAUUAUUACGAAUGAGGGAAGUCAAUGGUCAUCAUAGCACAGUAGAAGGAUCUGUCACUCAAGUGAGGUUUCGUUCAGUAGGAAUGGUCCAUUUGAGAGGCUGGUUUCUCUUGAGGUUUCAUUCGGCCUCACUUUGAUGCAUUCUCUGAUACCUAUGUGAACUUGUCUUAGUGUGUGGUCUGACCACAGACCACUGUUUGACAGUGGACCGGUGCAGCAGGUGUGAGCAAACUUUUUGGCUUGAGGGCCACAUCCGGAUUUCUAAAUUGAACGGGGGCCACACAGAUUUAUUUUUGACUGAUAUGUUUGUCAAAAUCAAUUUUUGUGCUAGAAACAUGCCCGUUAUUUUUUAAAUAUAUAGGUCCAUUUAUAUUUCGACGUACUUUCUAUCUAGUUUUAGACGUUCAAGUGUGGCCUGGAGUGUUUUUUAAAUAUUUUUUUACCCAAAACAAUUUCCCACCUCCCCAAAAAACAAUUUAUUUUAAUUUGUUUAUUUUUACCUCCUGUGGGUCGGAUUGAAUGGGCUCAUGGGCCAGAUCCGGCCAGGCCGUAGUUUUCCCAGCCCUGGGGCCUCAUUUAUCAAAGUUGCAUGCGCACAAAAAAAGACUAAACUUUCCUGCGCCAGUUAGGCCUCAAAGUUUGGUGUUUAUCCAUUUUGAAGUUGAAGGGAAAGUGUGAGUAUCUCCACGCAAAUAUCAGGCCAAGCGUACACACUACUUCUAAUGGUUGAUCAACUGUAUUGAAAGCAAAUAUUCUUAUUUCUUUCUCGUCUGAGUGUGCCAGAGCGCAGAAUAACUGAUGAAUUUACGAACGCUAAACACCCGUUGAAUAUGGUCGGUGUCAGUAAACGUCGGCAAAAAAACGUAAUUAAAUUGUUGCCAGCAGCACAGUUAGUCACCAACCCUCUGGAUAACAAGAAAACAGCCUAACAAGCUCUGCUUAGGACCAGUAAAAUGGUUAGAGUGAGGUAUUCUCUCAUUUGUGUCUGGAAAUAGUUAGCAAGCUAGCCAAAAUUAGCCAGUUAGCUUGGGUGCUUGACUGCCAUUGUGUGGUCAGAAAGCUCGGAUCAACCCUACUGCUUGGCCAGAACGUCCAGUGUGCACUCUUGAGAGCGAAACAUUUACGAAUUUACGAACGGACAAUCUGACAACUCUGAAUUUACAAUCGCCCUCUGAGCGCCCCCUCUGACACUCUAGAUUGAAUUUAUGAACACACCCUUAAUCUCCGAGCAUAUACCAAGGCAGGAGAUAGAAACACAAUCACGUAUUUAUAAACAAAAUAUUGAACAACAAUUUGUAUUUUUCAUGGAAGUGUGGGCUGUAGGAAGCAUUUAAUUUUAAAUUGUUCAAUAGACAAUAAAUCUUGCAGAAUGUGCGACUAGUGUUUGGCACUCGCUACAGGCGGUAUGCAUUUUUUGUAAAGAAACAUUCUGCCCACACCUCUACAGAAAUGUGAUCACAUUUGCCAUUGAGCUUUCUUUUGCAACUAUCAUGGCCCAGUUCCAACAUCACCAAAUCAAACAGCAAAUGAAGGCGUUGUUGUUACCAUAAGUGAAUCAAUAAGUUUUACAGGCAGGGUUGUUCAUGAACUCACAAAUUAUAGUGUAUCAAUGAAAACAUGAUUAUGUUGAUAAAUCGCAAUAAUUUGUUGCACAGGCAAAUCAGGGCCAGACUACUGCAUUUGGGCCCCCAGAAUUGUUAUAAAUAAUAAUAAUUCUGUUUAAUAAUGCUAAACAAGUUUUAAAGCUAAUUUCCUGCAAUUCUACACUAUUUGACAUGGGUCAGUGAUAAAUGUGCUUUUCUAUAGCUCAUCUCAUGCUCACAUUUUCUCCAUGAGGCUGAGAGAAAAUGUUGCAGUUUAAAGCAUAUUUCCUGCAAUUGUACAUAUUUGUUCUAUCAUAUGCAUAUGCUAUCUGGGGGGCCCCUGACCUCCAGGGGACCCACAACCCAAAAAAGUUUAGGGGCCCCUGGGCAUGUGCCCUGUUUGACCAUUUGGGAAUCUGGCCCUGACGUAAAUCCUAGAAUCUCCCAAGUAUGCCAGAAUUGAAUAAGAAAUGUAUGUAUAGUUGAUAAAUGAGGCCCCUGGUCAAGCACUCGGCCAGAUGGCCAGAUCUUCAGACUUCACUUCACUGUUACACUGUCAAUUCCUUUUGUUGUUUCAUUCCUUCGCCUGUUUUCAAAUAAUGUGAAAACUCAGGAUUUCUCUAAAUGUUCAUUGGUGGAAGUGGUUCAAUACAAUUCUAUUUGUUUCUGCAAACUUGCCUUUUAGGAUUUUAUUUUUUCCAUUGGUCUUUUAAAAAAUUGGUUAUAGGCACAUAUUCUCGUUGACAAAAGGGCUUUAUUCUCCUGAUUUCAUUAGCCACCGUCCAUCAUAAUGUAGAACAGUUAAGGCAUUUAUUAAUUCCAAUAGGGCAUUAGCUCAGCUGUUUACCAACUAGUCACAAGUGAAAAGCAAAUAUUUGAGGCAUUAGCCUGACUACAAAGGUGUGUCUUACCCUCAGGGGAGAAGAGGUAGGGAGAGUAAUGUUUAUUUGUUUUCCCAAAGCUCACUUUUGACACUGAACUUCUCACAGCAAUGUGAAAUAUUUGAAAGCCUUGAGCGCAGUCGACAGAGAUCAUAUCAUCUGCAGUUCUUAUAAAUUCACCUAUUUCUCUGAUAAUAUUGUUUGUUCUUUUUCUUGCACGAAAACCUGAAAGGUUCCUUCAGUUCAUUUAUAGAUAGAUUGAUUUGGUAUGUUGUGGCAUUGUGUAGCCUUCCACACCCAUGUCUUACUUUAUGUGCCACAUUGAAUCCUGUUAUUCACUAUGAGUCAGUUGAAUAUUUGGUUUAAAAGGGACUUCACUGUAAAGUGCCAAUGACUUGGUGUACUUUAUUUAAAGUGCUGUAAUUCAAGUACUGUACAUGAAACUGUUAUUUGUCUUAUACAUUCCUUUGUCUUAACAGCGCAUUUCAUUUUAGUCAUUCGGGUUUUGAAACGCCCAAGGUCUCAACCAUUUUAACCAUUUCCUCUGUAAUUUCAAUAUAUUACCAUUUGGGUGAUAUAAUCUCAUAUUUGCAUUAAACAAGCUCAAUUAUAUCAAUUUUGUUGAGGAAUCUACAAGUACUGGUUUACUCCACUGCCUGCCUGUAGACAGAGAAUAAGCGAGCAGACAGUGGGUGCACAUCUCCUGCAUUCUAUUCUGGUUCUCGUCCUUGCCUUAUAACUGAAUAAUACCGGAGUAUCCUGUACCCCAGAGUAUCCUGGAUAGAUGGAGUUGCCAACUUAAUUAGAACAUGGCAGUCCUGUGGGUUGAAAGAGCUAGGUGCAAUGCUUGAAAUCCAACCUAAUCUUAUUCAACCUCUCUAUUGAGCUUAGGUUUAGUGAAACUGGAUCUCAUUUUUGUCCUUUGUCUAUAGUGAAAGUGUGGUCAGUUGGAUAGGAUAAAGUGAAACUACAGAACUGACUACAUUUUGUAAGGGGAAGCUGACAUAAAAAAGGAAAUGUGUCUGUUUGCUUGAGUGAAUGGCACUGGCAUUUCCUUGGUUUUGUUAUAGUGUGGUUCUUUUCUCAGACUAACAAGUUCAGCAAAGGAAAGUUCCCAAUAUGUGGAUGUCUCAAGUUUGGACAGAUCAUUUAUGUGAAUUUGACUAGAAUGUAAUCUUAUGUUCCCUGACUAUUGUAAUCAAUCAAUGUUUAUAGCUACAAGUUGAAAGUUCUUUCUGACUCCUGUUGACUGAUUUUGUUUACUUAAUUAUUUUUCAAGUGCCACUUUACUUGCACAUGAAUUGUUCCUUUAGGGCUGUUUCUCUGAAUUCAUGUUCUUGCCAAAAUGUGAUUUUCACUGAUGGUCCAGUGUUGAUAUGAUUACUGUAAUUAAGAUAUUUACGGUAGACUUCAAAAUGUUUAACCGAUGGGGUAUAUCGAAGGCUACAUAAUUUCUACUGUUAAGUGAAAUUCUUACCAGGUGACCUUUUUCAUCUCAUUCUCUGAGAAUUUGCUCAGAACCUCGUUUUUUUGGUUGUAUUUUCUAAGUACUGUAUCACUCAUAAAAGAGAGGCCUCUGUUGUUUUUUAAAAGAAACCUGUGGACUAAGAUUUCAUGUUGAUGCAUUCCCCAAAAUGAUUGUGUUGGUUGUCAUAUGAACCAGACAUAGUUUUACACUGAUUUAUCACCACUUUUCUAAUUUAAUAGCAAUAUGUCACAAUUCACAAUAUUAUACCUCUCAAUCUGUGAGUCACAAGGAUGAAAGGGAAAAGUAUUGUGUAGGAAGGAGUACUUAGAGAUUGUCAUUCAAGUCUGAAAGGCACUUAACCAUCGGGCAAGACAGGAGUUUUGGCUGCCUGAAGGUUAUGAUCAUUUGCCUGAAAUGUAAAUGAGCUAUUUACUUGCAGAAAUGCCAUAUAUUGUCUGCCUUGCACCUAAACAUAGGGUAGCAAUCAAAAAAAUAAUAAUCACCUACUCAAUGGGGCAACCUCAGGGCAGGCUUGCACGACUACUCAAUUCACUUGCCCCAGGCAAUAGGGCAACCCUUAAUUUCAAUUCCUGGUAAGGGAUGGAAAUAUAUAAAAAUAGACCUGCUAAUAUAACAAAAAAUGUAUUGUGAAAAGGGGAAAUGUUCAUUAAAAUUGUCAGUGAGGAUGCUAAUUGUAUAUUUUGGGGAGCUGUUCAUGUGAAUUUUAUCUGAGAUGUAAUGAUGUUUAAUAAUCGAUAAUGUUGUCCACAUGAUUAAUAAAAUAUAUUUUUCUUCCGCA